AAACAUGUGCUGUGAGUUCAUCUCUUUGCUCAGCGUCCCCUAGCACUGUAGAGAAGAGAAGCCCGGCUGUGUGAUACAACACGUGAAGCUGGGCAGAGAAACCUGACUUUACAGAGUGGGGUUAAAAUACCUGUGAGGAAAAAUCCCAUAAUGCUCACCACUAGCUACAAAGGCAGACAGCCCACCUUCUCUUUUGAAAGACAAAUCAAAUUUUCUGCAUGCCUGGAUUUGGCCUUUGCACAGAAUCAAAGUUUUGUGCAGCAGCUCCGAGCCACCCCGCAGAGAGAUAUAUGGCAAAAGCAGCCUCCUGAUUUUAGCUACAAAUUCUAUAAAUCUUCCAGGCCUUCACGAAAACCACUAGAAAAGGAAAAGGAAGAUUUGAAGAAGGCCAAUAGCACUGAGACUAAGCAACAGCUGCCAAAGAUAAAGACCAGCCAGUUCCACACUGCUUCGGAAAGGAAGAAAGAGUUGCCCAAGAUUGUCACAAGGUUUCCACACGUGGGCUCAUAUGAAGUGGAUAUAAUGUUUGUGGAGAAUGGAAAAUAUAAGACUGGCAUAUACCAAGAUCCCAAACCACAUGAUUUUAGGCAGUAUGAAACUAAUAUACCAGACUUUGUGACAAGUUACUCCAGAGACCCUUUCAAUUUAAAGUUCAAAUCUCAACAUUUAAAUGCAAUUCAUGGACUUCAGCCAUUGAAAGACAAGCAAAAGGACACCAAGGGGAGAUUCAUUACUUACAAGCCUUGUGAAUGCAAAUGGGAAUCCAGGCUAAUUCUGCCAAAGAACCCUUGGCCACCGAAGUCUGCUUCAUUUACGAGACACAGAAGGCGACGUGGUGCCCACACGGCGUUCCUAGAUCGUGUGGAUGAAAAGCUAUGUACAAUAUGGCAGGAGGAAGCAUGCCAGCCCAAAUAGCAAGAAGAGGAAAAAGCAAUGCAGUGGAAUUUUUCUAGCAGGAUCCAAGUCAAUGCAUCAAGUCCAGCCCUAUGAAAUGUAUGAACCUCAGCAAAUCCUGUGAAAGAUACUAGUGGUGCUUCGCUGCAUUUCUUGUACGUCUGUUGUGCCAGAUGUCAAAUUUUUGAGAACUCCAACCUGGAAUAACUAACGAGGGCUAGAUCCUGAGCUGUUGUAAAUCGGCAUAGAUCGCUCCAUUGACUGAGGAUCUGGAAUAUCUUUACAAUACAGCAGGCAUAACUUUAAAUUUAUGCCAGUAAAAAUGGAAACCCUCAAUCUACUACAGUUUUGCUAAGCUUUGUGUUGUCUUAUCUUUAUAACUGACCAUGGCAACUCUCUCCCUUAUGGAGUUUUUAUUCCUGAAGGAAUGAAGUGGUUGAUACUAUGACUUUCUCAUCCCUAAGAAUGUCUUUUUAUUUUUCUUUCUCCUUCCUGCUCCUCAGUCUCUUCCCCUUCUCAUUAACCCACAUUCCCCUCAUAUUUACUUCCCACACUUUCCCAACAAAUCCACUCCCUCUUCUCUCUAUCUAGACUCCACCUUUUUUAUUUUCUCUCCAAGUUACUCUCCUUUUUCUCCAUCAUUGUAUAUGAAGGAAGGGAAGAGUGAAAGGGGAUGAAGCAAGGGAGCACCACAUUCCCUCUUGUUCUCUGCUUAAUGGCACUCAAUAGAUUCACAGUCUACAGUUUAUUCUCCUGAGGGCUGUAAUACUUUGGCCUAAGUCUGGAUGUUGGAUUUAAUAUGUGGGUGCCGGGUGGUGUUGGUAGUCUGUGAUACACAGGAGGUCAGACUAGAUGGUUUGGCCUUAAGCUCUUUGACUGUCUCUUUGACUCCUGAUGAAAGCCAGAAUGCCCAGUGGUAACUUAUCUUCUGCAGCCCUCUCCCAAGCGAAGAGCUUGGGAACAAUGCCCUGUACCAGCAUGAUCCCACAAUCCCUUCCUCUCCAGCCUCACUGAAGGAGUGGAAGUUUUGGCACCGACUCCAGUGGGAGCAGAAUCAAGCCAUGAGAAUUGGAUACUGUGAGGGGGAUUCAAUUCUUGGUGAAGCUGGUGAUCAGCACCUCUGAGGGUUAGGCUCUUCGAUUGUGAAUUUCUGAGGGUCGGGGCUUGUCUUUUAAAAAGGCUUUAAGGCCCCAGAAGUACAAUUGCAGCAACCUAUAAAUAACACUGUGAGACAAUAUCCAUUUGUCACAUACCCCACUUGAAAUACUCUGGAGGCAAUGGUGUGUGGUGGGGAAUGUUGUAAUAUUUGAAGAUUUGUGAGUUAGGUAAAACACUAAAAAAAGCAAAGUGACCUCGAUGUGACCCACUGGGGUUCCAGCUGAAAAAUUCUAACUUCUCUUGUAAACCAGCUGUCACAGUUCAGGGCAACUGCACCUGUAUUCCCUCUCCACAUUCAGCAAGGGCACCUGCCCUAGGCACUCAGCUCCUCAGUGAUCAUCUCUCUUGGGUAGAGACCCACAUCUCUCCCUCCUGAAUGGAGUUUCUCCAGGCUGCAUGACUCUCUGCCUACAGUGUGAUAUCUCCAGCAAGACAGACUGCCUAAACAGCCAGUGUCUGUGCUUUGCUUACUCUUUGAAGGCUGAUGAACAGCGUUGUUGCCCACAGUUACAAAUUAGCACACAGCUCUUUCUAAGUAAGCACAUAUAUUGUUAAGGUGAAACCAUUCCACAGAAAACAUAUUAAAGCAAUCAAGAACCUACAUACGUGCUAACAGUAUUAUCAGAGAUCAUCCCAACUCCAACAAGGGCUUUGGUUAGUGAUCAGACCUUCAAACCCCACCAAGGGGUUUUUCUGUGAUCCAAGUUCAUGACAGCUGUUAGCUCAGAACCAGCCUCCCUGAAUCUGAGAAUCCCCUCAUGAAUUUGUGGGUCCCUCCUUUAUACAAUUUGGGCCUCUGAUCUUGUCCUCGUGUAACAGGUGAUCAGCAGACAGGUCCUCUUCUCAGGAUGAAGCUUAAAAAGGCUGAGGACACUGUUUCAAAUAGUCUUAUGAAGCUCUUAACACUUCCCAGGUUUUACAUCCUAGAGAUGUUACAUACAAUCCUACAAUAAUACAUCAACAUUUGCAUUUUUAAUACAGUGAACUUCUAAAAUACUUAACCAUAAUUCAACAAGGUUUGUCAAGGAUAUUUCAGGAAAUUGCCAUAUCUGUCACACCAGCCACUCACAAUGGGCUUUGCAUCCAACUAUUGACCUCGACGCAGAAAUAGACUAAAGUCAUAAGUAAUCUGUGUAGUAUGAUACACACCAAUGGUGAUUUAGUAUGAGAAAACUGCAUGCUGGAUUGAAUUGCACUUUCAGGCUGAUGACAAUGCACAUGCUGCUUUGGAAAGACGGAGACCCCAAUUUAACUCUCACCAAUGAUACUCCCCUAUACAAUGAUCUCAUAGCUCUGCAUGUACUGCUUUCUCAUUAAGUGUCUCUCCAAUAUUUCUCAGAGGCAGAAGUGUGUAAUAAAUGACCUUUUACAUAUUAAACACCAACAUCUGCCUUCCAGUAAUACUGGGCAGGGAGCAAAUUCAUUAUAUCUCCAGACCCUUGUCUGGUUUGAAAUGUAGAGUUCACUGUGUAACUUUCAAGGGCUGAAUCUCGACCCAGAAUGAACCAUAUUGCAGGCAUGUUUGUGAUUUCUCUUCUUCUCUGUGUGCUGAAUAGGCACAAUGCCAUUCCUUUUUUUUUUUUUUAAACUUGUUUUGUACAGUUCUUAGCACUACAAGGCCUUGGUAAAAACUGAGUCAGGACAUCAGGAUUUGACCUCAUGCUUGUAUAUACAAUAAUAAAACUUAGCACUCAUAUACCAUUUGGCAAAUGUAAUCUGAGCCUUCUCAAACCCUGUGAACUAAGGAAAUAAUACAUAGUAUUUGUGGUGUGCCUAGCAUUCCUCCAGCACUAUAAUCAAGAAUCAUUUACAGAUGAGGAAACAGGCACAGAGACAUUAAAUGACUUGCUAUGGCCACAGAAAAAAUCCAUUUCACAUCUUCGAUUAGAAAGUUCUCAGCUGUCAGGGUUGUGCUCAGUCCAUUAAACCAUAAGAACAUAAGAACGGCCAUACUGAGUCAGACCAAUG